UCUCGCGAAGGUGCGGGGUAAAGGUGGCACGCAGACACGGGGAAGCGCGAGACACGUUACACACCUCCACAGACCUCUCUCCAACAGACUUCACCACAGCUACACCAAAACCAUGUCUAUUAGCCGGAAAAACUGGUCGGCUUUGUCAACGCUGACUCGGCAGUGGACUGUGGAGGAUGAGGAAGAGGUGGAGAGAGAGAAGAGGAGGAAGACCAGGGAGUCUACAGCAGACACGGAUGAAAGUCCCUCUCAAGAGGCCGAACUACAAACCAGUAGCGGGUCAGCCGAUGCUGGAGACUCCGGUGGCGGUGCGGAGCAGCUGCAGAUGGACUUUGUGGAGAUGCUGCGAGUCCGUGAUGAACGGAGGAGGAUGAGGCACGUUGAAACCCUGAGGAAGAAUAAGGAGGAAGACGACGGAGGUAAAGAGGCCGGUCCGGAUGCGGAGCCCCACGUGGAGCUGCUGGGAGAACAGCAGGACGGGGAACGCUUCAAGAACAUCCAGAGCUGCGUGGAGAGCUUCCUGUCAGCAGAGCCUCCCGCCAGCUCCAGAGACUCGGAGACACGCCAGAAGCAUGAAAAUGGAGGCACGAACCAAGAUUCAACAUCAACAAACUCUCAACCCCCCUCGAAAGCAUCCAGAAAGUUUGUGAGCUCUCUCUCCAUCUCCUUUGAUAAGAGUCCCACAUCACCCUCAACAACCAGCAGACUGGUUUCUCCUCUGAGCCCCAGGUCUCCGCCCCCUCACGCCCCGGGGGCGGGGUCACCAGUCAGCCCCGCCCACUCCGUCUCUAUGAGCCCCACACCGAACGGAGACGCAGCGAGGCAUGAAAACGGGUCACCGAGCAAUUUCGGAGCAGCCGAGAAACCUGCGUUCACGCGGCAGAGCUCCAGAACGGUGUCCUUCAGGAUGAUGAAGAGGAAGGAGGAAGAAAACAUGCCGCUGCAGAGAAGUGCAAGUGUGCGGAUUGCAGCCAAGACUUUUGAAUCUAAUAAGGAGGAGCAGCAGAGCCCGUUUCAGAGAAACUCCCGCCAGAGGUUAUCAUCUCGCUCCAUUCAGGAGAAAAUGGAGCGACUGGCUCAAGCCUCACAGAAAUGGGAGAUAUCCAAAUCGGCCGUGGUGCACCAGAGCGUGUGUUUAGCGGACGAGGUGUCCAGGAAGAGGGAGCUGUUUGAGAAAGAGCAGGAGGGAUCCGACCGCAGCCAUGUCUUCUCCAAACAGGAAUUUCGCAGCUUUUCUGCGGGAAUCUCUGAUCGAAUUAAUCGCUGGGUUCAGAAGAAAACAUUAAACGUGUCGUCGUCAUCAUCCUCGUCAGCAUCUUCGUCCUCUCAUAGUCCUUUGGAUCUGAGACUUGUGAACAUCUCCAGUAAGAAAAGUGUGUUUGAAAGAGGACAAGACCAGGACCACAAGUGACACUCCAAGACAAACACAAAGUUUAAUGAGAUUGAUUUGAUCACGCUUCAGCUCGAUCGACUCUUUCAGACAGUCAGGGCCAAGGAUUGUCUCUAAACUCUUCUUCCUUCUGCUUCCUUCCGACGGCUAAUUCCUCAGCACUUUUAAGGCGUAGUACUUUAUUUGGGUAAAUCGAAGGCUUCUGUUAUUGGUUGUGGAUGCGUAUACUAAUGGACUGCGGGUCUUCACACACUAACUGAACAUCACGGGGUUUAUCUGACAGCAGGAACACCUCCUCUUCCUCACAGCUUGACGUUUGUGCCGUUGAUAAGUAAGUUAUUAGGAGAAAGAGGCAUAAUCUAUGACCGGAGCCAUAACUCAUAACGGUCCAAGGUACAACUGUAAUAUCAGCAAUGUGUGUUUGGAUGAACCUACAGGAAAUAAAGCUCAGUGACUGAUUUGUACUGAAGCUGGAACGGACCUGUGCUCUUGCUGCUGUUGUCUCAACUUGUCAUAAUGAGGAAACCUAAUCUAUGGAGAAAUGUGUCCCAUCAAGCCCUUUGAAAACUGACUUCAAUCCAUUCCAGUUCAACCAAGCUUGUGCUUCCUUUUUUUUUUUUGCUAACCGACCUGUCAUGUAAUUAUCUUUUCUGCCCAGAAGGGUUAUGCUGUAGAUUAAUAAAAAAAAAUUAUUUUU